AUGUCUCUUACCCUCACCACCUCCGCCUCAUCCUUCCCGGUCAACUCUCCUGGUGAGAUCAUCAGUGCCGUUUUUGAAAAAGACAUCCUUCAGGCAACCCUUGUAGGCGACCAAGUUUGCGAUCCGUUCGCAACACCCACCUCCGAUUUCAACUGGGCCGACGACGUCGAGGACGAGUUCUACUCCGACGACGCAAGCGAGGCCGACCUUGACACCGAUGAGGCUGGCGCCCGAUCCUGCUCUUUCGACGUCGACCGGUUCUUCGCAUCCGAUGCCUGUAUGUUUGGACAGUAUGGCCACUACCUGACGACGAUAUUGGAAGAAGACGAGGACGAGGAAGAAGACGACAACGAAGAUGACGAGAACCACGAGGAAGACGACGAGGACGACAACGAAGAACACGAGGAUGAGGAUGAGAAAGAAGAGGACGGCCGCUCGGCCGCGACCGACCCGACCGACUCGACCGGCAAUGGGAGCCUUCUCCAGCGCAUAUUCCUCACCAAUCGGCCCAAGGUUGCCUCGAAGCCUUCGCUCGACGACAUCGAGGAAGAAGAGGACGGCUCAGAGAACGAUACUGACGAGACUGGAUCUUCGGUUGACAGCCCUGACUCGGACUCUGAACGGACGGAGUCCGACUCGGACACGAUCGACUUCGACGCGACCAAUUGGGACGACACGGCGUCGACGAUCUGCGACUUGGACUUCAACCACCACGACGCCCACUUCGAGUUCAUGGCCAACCACUUCGACUCACUCGAAUUCUCUCUCGCUUCGAUCUCGACCGUGGACGAGGAUGAACGACAGUGCGCAGAAGGUGAUCCAGACUCUGGCUGGGUCUGGGUCGAAUUCGAGGACGACGAGCAAGAACGACAACUUUCGGCACCGAGCCGUUCUGGCAAGACCUGGGGAUUGGACUGGCGGCAGCUCCUAAGGAGGUUGUUCAUCUUCUGA